CUUGUUAGUUUCUCUCAGAUAUCCACGUUGUCUCAAGUAGGAUGGUCAAUCUAAUCUGAAUAUUGAGAUAUAAUACCAAUGGAACCAACUAGUAGUUCAAGUAAUGCGAAUAAUGUACGAGUUUCCGGGCGUAAAGCAAAGCGAAAAACAUUUGAUGACUUUAUUCCAAUGAAUGAAUGGUCACUAAAGCCGAGAAAACGAAGAUCAAUUGAUUCUACAGGCUCGGCUAAACACUCCAACUCCGAUGUGAUUUUUACGAUUUGUAAUGACAAUGUAGAAAAGGCAAAAACUAAUGCUGAAUUUGAUGUAAAAGACAACAGUUUAAAACACUUAACAGAAGUGGCAAGUCCAAAAGAAAACCAUGAUAAAAAUGAUCUUAAAAUAUCGUUACCUGAAGCUACUAAAGCUGUGGAUGCCGUAGAUACAAAAAUUGGUGAAAAAUUCGACAAAAACUUUCCAAUUAAUACCGCAGAAUCUGCACAUGAUAAUAAAGUUGAAAUGACUGUCAAUGACAAACAGACAUCGGAUCCAAUUUUAACGAAAGUUUCAAAACCCAAACGAACUCCAAAAGCUAGACAAUCAACAAAAAAGGAAAAACUGCAACCGAAGAAAAAUGUUUCUCACUAUUCACGUCGAACUAAGGUUAAUGCUGAUUCGAAUAAAAAAACUGAAGACGAAAUUUCUGAGAAAGAAAAACUGAUCUUUAUGAACAAACAUUCCUGUAAGAAAAGCGGGUGUAAGAAGAUAGGAUUAACGUGCUGCAUACAAGCUACAAACGCAUGCAUGGAAGCUUCUGGAAAGUCUUCACGUUGGUACCAUGUCUCAUUAGAAGAACAUUAUUGUAAUGGAUGCUUUGAAGAAUAUUACAGAAUUAAGCAUUCUGGUUGUGAUGAGUUCCAUGAAUGGAAAAAAGCAUGGAUGAACAACAGCAAGGCUGAUGCCAACUUUAAAAGUUUACAAACAUAUAUAUCUGAGAGACAACUGCCUUACUGGGUUCAAUGCACACAAUGUGGGCAUUGGCGAUCACUGACUAAUGAUGUUGAACUAACGUCCGAUGUUAUUCGCUCUUACACUUGUAUCAUGGGAAAUCUAGCUAACUCAUUAGAUGAGAGUAAUAGCGAAGAUGAGGAUAUAAGGAGAGUUCCUCACAUAAAAUACUCGUGCUCCCAACCAAACGAACAGCGUGUUGAAAAUGCUCUUAACCCCGACUUACCAUGGAUGAAUAUGCUGGGUUGUACCCCAUACCUGAAACACAGCCCCGCAGCCCCAUUUCUAACAGGGUAUUACCCUGAUGGUGUGGGUAUGAGUGCGGUGGAUACAACAAACAGAAGAUCAUUGUCCGAGUUUUCCUCCGAUGAGAAUGAUGUCAUUAAACCUCCUGGAUUGUUUAAUAAAAUAAACAAACACCAGGUGAACAGCAAAUCUCACCUUGAAAACAAGAAAUAUGUUUCAUCAAAAGCUCGCGGAAAUGUUUUAACUUCACCUGGUGGUAGGAAACAUAACAGUAAAGAUCCGCAAAUAAUGGUGGAUGGAUUAAACCCUUACUUCCAACCAUUCUAUAAACCACAUGAAAGAGGCAAGGCACUGUGCAUGAGGCCUGAUGUCAUGGAGCUAGAUGAGGCAGAGGAAUUUCCGGAAUAUUACAAGGAACAAACGGUGUAUCUCGCUAUUCGAAAUCUUAUAGUGUCUCUAUGGACGCUUGAUCCUAAAAGAAUUCUUACCAUCCGCAACUGUUGUGAACACCUUAUACUACGAGGUCUUACGCGAGUGAGGUUAUGUUCAUUAGAUGCUGUGAGAAUCCUACAAUUUGCGACCAGGAAAGGCCUUAUUAACACGGGAGCAUUACAACUUCCGAAGUCCGUUGGUAACCUGAAAGAAGGAACUUUACCGAAAGUUUACAGCAACCAAAAGGUUGUUGUCAUCGGGGCAGGUCCUGCGGGCAUUGCGGCCGCUCGACAGCUUCAUAACUUUGGGUGUGAGGUUGUUUGUUUGGAAGCGAGGUUGAGGCUCGGAGGAAGGGUUGAUGAUGAUUGGUCACUAGAUGGCGUAUGUGUGGGCAGGGGAGCGCAAAUUAUUAACGGCUGUGUGAACAAUCCUCUUGCCUUGGUGUCGCAACAGCUUGAUUUAAAGAUGCAUCGAUUAUUGCCGAGAUGUGAUCUCUAUGACGCUCACAAGGUGGCAACAAAGAGCAGAGCGCUGGUGAAACCAGUGUCGGUACAUUGCGAUAAAAGAAUGGAUUUCCAUUUCAAUGCAUUGUUGGAUAUAAUCGUUGAAUGGAGGCAAGCGCAACAAGAUAAUGCCGCAGAUUGCUCACUUGGAGAGAAAAUUCAGGAAGCCCACCAGGAAUGGAUCAAACAAAGUGGUUUAAACUUCACCGAACUUGAGGAGAGGUUGCUCAACUUUCAUAUCGGGAAUCUUGAGUUUGCAUGUGGCGCUAGUUUGGAUAAGGUUUCAGCGUUCCACUGGGACCAAAACGAAGUAUUUGCACAGUUCAGUGGGGACCAUACAUUUGUACAGUAUGGAUUUGGUACCCAACUUUCAGCCAUUGCUUAUGGACUUGACAUCAGAUUUGAACAACCAGUCACAGAUAUUAUUUAUAAGAACUCUAUGAGUAAAGUUGAAAUUAAGACAAAAAGUGAAACAUAUGAAGCAGACAGAGUAUUGAUUACUGUACCACUAGCUGUACUAAGAUCUGGUUCGAUCCAGUUUGAACCGCCUCUUCCACCAGCAAAGGUGGCUUCAAUGAACAGGUUGGGGUGUGGAUGUAUUGAAAAGAUUGGAAUCUUAUUUCCUAAGAGAUUCUGGGAUAGUAAAAUGGAUGGAGCCAAUUAUUUCGGUUACGUUCCAUUAUCUGCUGAUGAAAAAGGUUUCUUCACCGUUUUCUAUGAUGUCCCUUACCCACAGGGUGAAGAUAGCAAAGUCCUGAUGAGCGUAAUAUCAGGAGAUUGUGUUGACGCAGCCAAGAAAAUGAAAGACAAAGAAAUUCUUGAUGUUGCGCUCUCGGUUUUACGGAAUGUGUUUUCCGAAAAAGAGGUUCCAGAACCUUCAAGUUACUUUGUCACUCGGUGGAAUGAAGACCCAUAUUCGCAGAUGGCAUAUAGCUUUGUUAAGAAAGGGGGAAGUGGGGAAGAUUAUGAUGAAAUCGCAAAGUCUGUUGCUGGUAGAUUGUUCUUUGCAGGAGAGGGCACGAACCGACAUUUCCCACAAACGGUCACGGGUGCCUACCUCAGUGGGUUGCGUGAAGCUUCCAAAAUAGCGAUCGCUAACAAGACCGACGUACAAUCUUCAUCGUGACGUCACAACCCAAUCUGUGACGUUAUAUAUGAUGAUAAGGAAAAUGUUUUUUGAAAAAUAAAGUCAACACGUAAUAGGAUACGUCAUCCGUAUGCAAAUAAUGACGUAAUAGUGAUGUAUUAUUUGCUCAAUUGAUGACGUCAACUUAUAAAAUUAUAAAACUAGUUUCUUGUUGUCCAUGUAUUGUUGGGUUAAGUUUAUAAAACUUGUAUUUUUCUUCAUUUAACGUUUGUUGCAGAGCAGCUCAUGAUAAAAACUUUUGAAUUCUGAAGUUAUUUUUGUAUCUCCAACUACGGUAGCUUGACUUUUGUUAUUAUAAUCAUAUAAUUUGUCGUUUGAAUACAUAUGACUUAUUACA